CAAAAACACUGGAUUUUCCCUUUUUUUCUUGAGACCCCCGUUAACGUCCUUCUGAUUGAUUGAUGAUGUCAUCCCAAGAAGAAUAAUGGCUACAGAGUGCACGUCUAUGACUAUAUGUAGGUUCUUCCAGAACAGCAGUGACACCCAGUAUUCCAAGCUCUGAUAGUUGACCUUUAAAGCCCAUCUACCAUCCAUCCAUCCCUGUCCCCCCCAUGGAUUGCAAACAUCCAGAGCCUUCUGUCUGUUGAUGUUUAUGGGGGAGGGGAAAUAAAUGUAAACAGACAGACAAAGAGAAGAUAAACCUGGAUAAAAGGGACAGGACAGCCAGGAAAACACUGGACAAGAGGAACAGAACAGCUAGGAAAACACUGGAUAAGAGGGACAAGGCAGUCAGGAAAACAGUGGAUACGAGGGACAGGACAGCCGGGAAAACACUGGAUAGAAGGAACAGGAUAGCCAGGAAAACUACACCACAUCCAAUGAACCUGCUAAUCUUCUCCCCUCACACUCAUAUGGAGACAGAGAAGAGAGGAAGCUGAGGGAGACGGACAGAGAAGAAAGAAAUCCAUUCCAACCAAAGAAGUCCCUCAAAGAAAGCUAUCCAAUACCAGGAGCAGAAAUUGAACAAGAUCUCCACCUCAGCAGCAGCAGCAAUGGGGGACUUUGCCAACAGCAUGGUGGAGUUUCACUCCAAGAGGGCCAGUGGGACAAGCAUUGGAGGGCCGGAGGCCAACCACACAGGUGACUUUGAGGUCACCCUGGCAGAGCUCAGGGAGCUGAUGGAGCUACGGGGUACAGAGGCUUUGCAGAAGAUUCAGGAGAGCUACGGGGAUACAGAGGGCCUCUGCCAACACCUCAAGUCCUCAACCAGUGAUGGUUUAUCGGGCAACUCAGUGGACCUGGGGAAGCGUAGACAGGUGUUUGGACAGAAUUUCAUUCCCCCAAAGAAGCCCAAGACCUUCCUGCAACUGGUGUGGGAGGCCCUGCAGGAUGUCACACUCAUCAUACUGGAGAUUGCGGCCAUCAUCUCCCUUGGCCUGUCCUUCUACCACCCGCCUGGAGAGGAGAGCGAAGCCUGUGGGAAGGGCGCGGGGGGUGUAGAGGAUGAGGGAGAGGCUGAGGCCGGCUGGAUUGAAGGCGCAGCCAUCCUUCUGUCUGUCAUCUGUGUGGUUCUGGUGACGGCCUUCAAUGACUGGAGCAAAGAAAAGCAGUUCCGUGGACUGCAGAGCCGCAUUGAGCAGGAGCAGCGCUUUGCUGUAGUGAGGAACGGCAAUGUCAUCCACAUCCCUGUAGCCGAGAUGGUGGUGGGAGAUGUGGCGCAAGUAAAAUAUGGUGAUCUCUUGCCAGCUGAUGGCGUCCUUAUCCAGGGGAAUGAUCUGAAGAUUGAUGAGAGCUCCCUGACUGGGGAAUCAGACCACGUCCGCAAAUCCACUGACAAAGACCCCAUGCUGCUGUCUGGUACUCAUGUGAUGGAGGGCUCAGGAAGAAUGCUGGUCACUGCUGUGGGAAUCAAUUCUCAAAGUGGGAUCAUCUUUACUUUACUUGGAGCAGGGGAGGCAGAUGAGGAAAAGAAAGAAAAGAAAGGCAAACAGCAGGAUGGCACUGUGGAGACCAAUCCAACCAAGAAGCAGGAUGGCGAGGUUGCCAUGGAGAUGCAGCCACUGAAAAUCACAGGAGGAGGAGAAGUGGAAGAGCGGGAGAAUAAAAAAGCCAGUGUUCCCAAAAAGGAGAAGUCUGUGCUGCAGGGCAAACUCACCAAACUGGCAGUGCAGAUUGGCAAAGCAGGACUGGUGAUGUCUGCCAUCACCGUGAUCAUCCUGAUGCUGUACUUUGUGACGGAAACCUUUGUCAUUGAGGACCGGAUGUGGCUGACAGAGUGCACCCCAGUGUAUGUGCAGUACUUCGUCAAGUUCUUCAUCAUUGGUGUCACUGUGCUGGUGGUGGCAGUGCCAGAAGGGCUCCCCCUAGCUGUCACCAUCUCCCUGGCGUACUCUGUCAAGAAAAUGAUGAAGGACAACAACUUGGUGCGGCACCUGGAUGCAUGUGAGACAAUGGGAAAUGCCACGGCCAUUUGCUCUGAUAAGACUGGCACCCUCACCACUAACCGUAUGACGGUGGUGCAGACCUAUGUGGGUCACCAGCACUUCCACCAGAUCCCUGACCCUAGUCUGAUCAAUCCCAAAACCCUGGAGAUGCUGGUCAGUGCCAUCGCAAUCAACAGCGCCUACACUUCCAAGAUCAUGCCUCCAGAUGUAGAGGGAGGUCUGGCCAAACAGGUUGGAAAUAAGACAGAGUGUGGUCUGCUGGGGUUUGUGCUGGACCUGAAGCAGGACUACAACCCUGUGAGAGAGCAGUUUCCAGAGGAGAAGCUCUACAAGGUCUACACCUUCAAUUCCGUUCGCAAGUCCAUGAGCACUGUUGUGCAGCAACCCAAUGGAUCCUUCCGCCUCUACAGCAAGGGAGCUUCAGAGAUCCUGCUGAAGAAAUGUACUUCUGUCCUGGGUGCCAGGGGAGAGGCACGGAGCUUCCGGCCACGGGACCGUGAUGAGAUGAUGAAGAAGGUGAUCGAGCCCAUGGCCUGCGCGGGCCUUCGCACCAUCUGCAUUGCCUACAGGGACCUGCCCAGAAUCCCUGAGCCAGACUGGGACAAUGAGGCCGACAUUGUAACCAACCUUACCUGCAUCACCGUGGUGGGCAUAGAGGAUCCAGUCCGACCUGAGGUCCCAGAUGCCAUCCAGAAAUGUCAACAAGCAGGGAUCACGGUGCGCAUGGUGACUGGUGACAACAUCAACACUGCCCGUGCCAUUGCCACGAAGUGUGGUAUCAUCCAGCCUGGUGACGACUUUCUGUGUCUGGAGGGGAAGGACUUCAACCAGCAAAUAAGGAAUGAGAAAGGAGAGAUUGAACAGGAGCGCAUUGACAGGAUUUGGCCCAAGCUACGAGUUCUGGCCCGGUCAUCCCCCACAGACAAACAUACUCUUGUGAAAGGUAUCAUAGACAGCAUGGCGUUGGAGCAGCGUCAGGUGGUAGCUGUGACAGGUGAUGGGACUAAUGAUGGACCAGCACUCAAGAAGGCCGAUGUUGGCUUUGCCAUGGGCAUUGCCGGUACAGACGUGGCCAAGGAGGCCUCAGAUAUUAUUCUCACAGACGAUAAUUUCUCCAGCAUUGUGAAGGCAGUGAUGUGGGGUAGGAACGUGUACGACAGUAUCUCCAAGUUCCUGCAGUUCCAGCUGACAGUCAACGUGGUGGCUGUGAUCGUUGCCUUCACCGGCGCGUGCAUCACACAGGACUCCCCUCUGAAAGCAGUACAGAUGCUCUGGGUGAACUUGAUUAUGGAUACCUUUGCCUCUCUGGCCCUGGCCACUGAACCGCCCACCGAAGCCCUGCUGCUGAGGAAGCCCUAUGGCCGCAACAAGCCCCUCAUCUCCCUCACCAUGAUGAAGAACAUCCUGGGCCACAGCGUCUACCAGCUCGCCAUCAUCUUUACCCUACUGUUUGUCGGAGAGAAGAUCUUCAACAUCGACAGCGGGCGCAAUGCCCCCCUGCAUUCUCCACCCUCAGAGCACUACACCAUCAUCUUCAACACCUUUGUCCUCAUGCAGCUCUUCAAUGAGAUCAAUGCCCGCAAGAUCCACGGGGAGAGAAAUGUCUUCGAUGGCAUAUUUGGCAACCCCAUAUUCUGCAGUAUUGUUGUUGGGACUUUUGGCGUGCAGAUUGUAAUUGUGCAGUUUGGAGGGAAACCAUUCAGCUGUGCACCUCUGAACGUGGAACAAUGGCUGUGGUGCCUCUUCGUGGGAGUGGGAGAGCUGCUGUGGGGACAGGUGAUUGCCACGGUACCCACCAGUCACCUGAAGUGUUUGAAGGAAGCAGGGCACAGUCCUGGAGUGGAUGAGAUUACAGAUGAUGAGCUGGCUGAGGAUGAGGAGGAGAUUGACCAUGCAGAGCGUGAGCUGCGGCGCGGUCAGAUACUGUGGUGCAGGGGUCUCAACCGUAUCCAGACUCAGAUACGAGUGGUGAAAGCCUUUCGUAGCUCUGUGUAUAGUGGCAUCGAGACACCCCAAUCGAGGAACUCCAUACACAGCUUCAUGAUGCACCCAGAGUUUCUCAUAAAUGAGUUGAUCCACAACAUCCCCCUGAUCGACGACACGGACAUCGACAAUGAGUCAGAGUUGUCCAAGCACAACCACCUCCACCCAGCCCUGCGUGCUCCCCCUCCGCCACCUGUCCCACCCCCUCCCCCCCAGUCCCCACACCGCUACCGGCACCCGCCUUUCCCUUACAGGCAGUACAGCCUCCCUGUCACCUCCAACCGCAACAACAACGCAAUUGGCAACGGGGUCCCCCUGCUCCAGGCAAACAGCAGCACAGUCCUUGCUCUCUGUGCUCCACUGUACGGUGUGGAGACCUCCUACUAACUGUGUAUGGGAUUGGGGGGGGCAGUGAGACACAGCAAGGGACAGAAGAAGCCAGCAUUGCUAAGAGAAACAGGGGACAUAGAACUACUUUAGAAAGCUUCACUUUUGUUCUGCCCAAAAAACCUAACCCUGUUCCCACUGCUGACACCUCCUGAAGGCCUCCAACCCAUACCAUAGUAUAAUAAGACUCAUUGCCUGCCACCCCAAAAUUCUGACCAGCUUCAACAGAGACUUUUAUUUUUGCAGUUGUUCAACACAAUUUGAAACACUGGGUAGGUCUUGGAGCUAUUGAG